CACUCCCUUUUCUCUGAUUGGACGGGGGCGGGAGAAAAGGGACUGGUGACUCUGGGACACAUUUUGUGUCUCUACCAGAAUUUGGGUAGAGAUUAUUCAUUGAUUUUUCCACGUGAUCCAAAAAUUGCGUGAGGUUAAGUAGAAUUGCGUAGCCUGCAAAAGUGAUCGCGGGCUUCUUAGCUACAGUUUAAGAAUGGAUGCUAGUGCUAGAAAAGAGAAGAUGAUGGAGUAAUAACAUCAUCAGGCAUUCAGCUAGGAUAUAGUCAUCUAAGACACCAGCAGAGAUUAGCUUGUUUUAGUUUUACGUGAUGAGAACUGGCAGCCGAAAGUCAUUGGUUGCCUAAAGCUUUUAAUAACCUGUACAAUACAAGACAGAUAAUGGCAGACGGCAGCAGUUGAAUUGAGAGUAGUCAGACUUGUACAAGCUGUCUUAAAUCGCUGCCACUCCUCGGUUCAAAGAAGGACUGCCAAGAUUUCUACGUUCAUCAGCUGUUCCAUGCUAAUCCACAAGUUGUGGCACAACAGACACUGGUACAAGGAUCUAUAAAAUCAAAAGGCUGGCUAGAUAGAUCUGUAGCUGUAUACUUGUCUUCUGUGUGUCUUUAGCUUUUGACAGAUCAGAAUAAAUUGGAUAAUUUGCACGUGACAUUAAUAUUUAAUAGCAUUCCUGAUUUACACAAGCUGUAGCCCAGAGUCACCAGUCCCUUUUCUCCCGCCCCCGUCCAAUCAGAGAAAAGGGAGUGGCUUGCGAGUCUAAAAAUAAUGAUGGUGAACUUGUUAGUGAUCAACUUCAAGUAUCUUCUGUUAGUGGUGAUGAUUAACUCUCAGAUGGGAGAGGCCUCUCUAGUGUCCAACACGAGUGUGGCGUGUCCUGAAGAGGCAGUUCUGUUCACAUGCUCUGGUACUGGUACUGCAUUGAGAUGGCAAGUGGAACCUCCAGCAGAAUGUGGGUUGAUGUCAGUACAAAGUACAAUCUUCAUUGGUUCUGAUGUUGGUCGAAGGGACACAUUUCGAUCUGGAGUGAUAAUGUUUGAGGCUGUUCUUGUGAUCAAUGAUGGUGGAACUCUGACGUCCACUCUCAUCAACCUCAGUGAAGUGUCUGUACUGGAUGGUAGCAAUGUCACCUGUUCUGUUUUCAAUUUAAAUAGUAUUAAUGUUGAACUACAGACAAUAUUGGUUGCUGGUAAUUCAACUUCUCCAUUAAACCCCAAUAUAUCCUCCUCUCUAAAUCAACCCAGCUCAUCCAUUGUCUCUCUGAAUUGGGACCCUCCCUCCUCUACUGGUGGUGUAUCUGUCAGCUAUGUCCUCAUCAUCUCCCCAACACCUCUCUCCGGGUCACCAGUCACCGUGGAGACUAUCUCGGCACAGAUAACUGUCUCCUACAACGCUCCCUACAAUCUAACAAUCAGAGCUGUCAACUGUGUUGGAAUGAGUGAAACUAGAAUUGUGAAUCUGGUGGUGUGCCCCACACCGUCUACUGUGCUGCUGGUGUGACCAUCACCAACACACCUCCUGUCACUAUUGGUGGAUCCAUGCUCACCUUCACUUGCAGUGGAGACAGUGAAGUGAGAACCUCAACCUGUGGCAGUAGUGGGUGGUCUCCUAACCCUGGGACCUUUGACUGUGGCAUUCCAC